AGGUGGGAAGACUGCAUUUCCUUGUUGCCUCGGAUUUCUUAAUGAAUGACUACUCAUUAAACAGAGCCUGCAGCUGAUCUGGUUCGCAAGCAAAUAUUAGCAGGAGAUUCACUAUGUCCCCCGAGGAAAUAACGUAUCUUUGUGUUUUGCUGCUGUCCAUCCCUGUGGGAUUUCUCUUCAAGAAUGCAAGUUCACAUGUGAAACAACGGGGUGGAGCUGCUGCGGGACUGCUGCUUGCUCUGGUCACUUGUCACAUCCAUACCCUUCAUUCUGUCAUCACUAUCCUUGGGACAUGGCUUAUUGUGAAAAUUUCACCCAGAUCCUGCCAUUUCCCGGCGCUUGGCUGGACAUUUACUUACCUGCUGUUUUUCCGUACGGUGACCUAUUAUAACCUUCAAGCCCCCACUCCAUUUGCGAAUGCUUUACAGUUGCUGUUAACAUUGAAGCUUGUGAGCUUGGCAAAUGAGGCACAAGAAUUCAGCCGGGCCAGGAAGCGGGAAGUGGCUUCAUUUUCAAAUCCCUCAUCCAUUGGAAUGAUGACCAAGAUUCCCAGUCUGACUGAGGUUUUCUUGUACAGUUAUUGCUACAUUGGGCUAAUGACCGGGCCUUUCUAUCGAUACAAAACUUACCACGACUGGCUACAUCAAAUUAAUUCUCAAGACAUUCCAAGCUGGAAACCCAUGAUAGCCCGACUAAGGCCUGCCCCGGUAUUUGGUGUUCUGUUUCUUAUAGUCGCUUAUUACUUUCCCCUGGAUUAUGUUAAGAAGGAUGAGUUCUAUGACCGAUGUUUCCUGUUUCGCCUCUUUUACAUGGUCCCCAUCUUCUUCGUUUUUCGUAUGCGUUUUUAUGUUGCCUGGAUAUUUGCCGAAUGUGGUUGCAUUGCUGCUGCCUUUGGUGCUUACCCUGUUACUGCAAAAUCACGUUCUGGAGGAGGGCCAACUGUGGAAUAUUCUCCACUAGAAAGAAGUACAGAUGGAGUGAAAUAUGACAUUGAGUAUGACUAUGAGACAAUAAAAAACAUAGAUUGCUAUGGAGCAGACUUCUGUGUGAAGGUGAAGGAUGGAAUGCGUUGUUGGAACAUGACUGUUCAGUGGUGGCUCGCUCAGUACAUCUAUAAGAAUUCACCCUUCAAAUCCUUUGUUUUUGGGAGUGCGUGGACUAUGCUUAUCAGUGCUUACUGGCAUGGAAUCCAUCCUGGCUAUUACCUGAGCUUUUUGACUAUCCCCUUGUGUCUGGCAUCUGAAGGGAUGAUGGAUACGGGCUUGAGACGUCAUCUUGCUGAUUCUGGCAAACUGGUGUUUGACUGGGUGCACUGGUUCCUUAAGAUGAGAGCAUACGACUACAUGUGCAUGGGCUUCGUUCUUCUCACCUUCUCUGACACUGUGCGCUACUGGAGAUCUAUUUAUUUUGUUAUCCACAUUCUGGCUAUCUUAUUAGUCAUCUUAGGCUGGGUCCUGGCACUAAGAGAACCUAGUGUACCUGGAAACAACAAAAGAGAAAAAGAGGAUAAAAAGGAGAACUAGUUUUGAUUGAUAGGCUGGUACUAUUUCCAGUGUGACACUGACAUGGGUGUGUCAGCAAGCCACAGCAUUCUUGUUUUUGUGGUAAAUUGGAUUAAAUAAUUUGGACAUAUUCUGUGCUUCACUUGCUCCGAAAGACCUGUAUACAACAAUAGGUAGAUCCGCUUCCACAGCAUU